UAGGUUAGUGGUGCGACAUUUAGGGAAGGCAGAAAGUAGGUCAGGGACGGAGGUGCCUGUUUACCCGCGCCGGACUCACCGCCGCCGCCGCCGCGGGAUCCGAGUGGGGGCGCGGACGCGGGCGCUCCCGCGAGCCACGGUGGUGCUGGCUAGAGUGCACACUUUUGGACCCAAACUUAAAUUUUCAAAUGUGGAAUCCUAGGACUUCACUGCCUUCUACCCCUCCUUUUCUCACCAGCGCGAGUUCAUCCAUCUCAAGCACAGUUAACCUGACGAGCAUCCUGAGUGUUUUUCAGAUACGGAGCUCAUUCAGUCUGUGAGGAGGCAGCCUCCUCCUGUUACAGAACAAGAUGCAGAUGUUUUCCAGAACUUUCUUCAACUUCAGGCACCCUCAGUAGCCCCUGGAGACUGGAAUUCUGUCGACUCUCCUCCAUCGAUGGUAUUGGAAACCUUUUCCACAAGAACCAGCCUUGUUUUCCUUGACGAAGUACUGCAGGAUUUACAGACCCUGCCCCCAUGAGACCCUCUGAGCUGGCCCUCCAAGCCGCGUGCUUCCAAAUGCAGCCUCCUUGCUUUGUGUUUGAUUUCGGGAUUCCCAAGCCUCUAGAGCUGCCAGGAGGACCAGGUUUCUGGAAGAAGUUGACUGCCUGAAAGGAAACGACAAAACAUGAAAAUCGCUUUGAGGUGACCCAUAAGUCCAGUGGCCCCUUGCUCCUCCCAAGGUGGAUCUGAGCUUUAAGAACUGUAAUUUCAGAUGAAGAAACUUGAGCCCAGAGAGAGGGAGUGACAGCCCCAGCCACGUGGUGUGGAGCUGGGACCCCGUCUGUGGGCAGUGCGUGGCCCUCUUCAACUUGGUUUGGAGUCGGAGUCCCUUGCAAGUUCCAGACCUCCAAUGGCCGACCAGAGAAUGGACAUUUCUUCAACAAUCAGUGACUUCAUGUCCCCGGGCCCCACCGACCUGCUCUCCAGCCCCCUCGGCACAGGCAGCAUGGAUUGCAACCGCAAGCGGAAAGGCAGCUCUACCGACUACCAACUUGAUGACUUUUCUUUUGAAGAAAGCAUGGACACAGACAAAGACGACCCUCACGGAAGGUUAGAAUACACAGAGCACCAAGGAAGGAUCAAAAAUGCAAGGGAAGCUCACAGUCAGAUUGAAAAGAGGCGUCGGGAUAAAAUGAACAGCUUCAUUGAUGAAUUGGCUUCUUUGGUGCCCACGUGCAAUGCCAUGUCCAGGAAAUUAGAUAAACUUACUGUGCUGAGGAUGGCCGUUCAGCACAUGAAAACAUUACGAGGUGCCACCAACCCAUACACAGAAGCAAACUACAAACCAACUUUUCUGUCAGAUGAUGAAUUGAAACACCUCAUUCUCAGGGAUAUAAGCAGCCCAGCCCUGGAUCCAGAAAUGAUAGUCAAGAACAGUAGUUCUCAGUCCUUGUACAUGAAAAUCAUUUGGAGUAGGGGAUGUGACCGAGGGAAGAUCCUCUUUGUCUCCGAGUCUGUCUUCAAGAUCCUCAACUACAGUCAGAAUGAUCUGAUCGGUCAGAGUUUGUUUGACUACCUGCACCCUAAAGACAUCGCCAAAGUGAAGGAACAGCUCUCGUCCUCAGACACAGCACCCCGGGAGCGGCUCAUAGAUGCAAAAACUGGACUUCCAGUUAAAACAGAUAUAACCCCUGGGCCAUCUCGAUUAUGUUCUGGAGCACGACGUUCUUUCUUCUGUAGGAUGAAGUGUAACAGGCCUUCAGUAAAGGUGGAAGACAAGGAUUUCCCCUCUACCUGCUCAAAGAAAAAAGCAGAUCGAAAGAGCUUCUGCACCAUCCACAGCACAGGGUACCUGAAGAGCUGGCCGCCCACAAAGAUGGGGCUGGACGAGGACAGCGAACCGGACAACGAGGGCUGUAACCUCAGCUGUCUCGUCGCCAUCGGACGCCUGCAUUCGCACGUGGUUCCACAGCCGGUGAAUGGGGAAAUCAGGGUGAAGUCUAUGGAGUAUGUGUCUCGGCACGCGAUAGACGGGAAGUUUGUUUUUGUAGACCAGAGGGCAACAGCUAUUUUGGCAUAUUUACCACAAGAACUUCUAGGCACAUCAUGUUAUGAAUAUUUUCACCAAGAUGACAUAGGACAUCUCGCAGAAUGUCAUAGGCAAGUUUUACAGACGAGAGAAAAGAUUACGACUAACUGCUAUAAGUUUAAAAUCAAAGAUGGUUCUUUCAUCACGCUGCGGAGUCGAUGGUUCAGUUUCAUGAACCCUUGGACCAAGGAAGUCGAAUACAUUGUCUCAACCAACACUGUUGUUUUAGCCAACGUCCUGGAAGGCGGGGACCCAGCCUUCCCGCAGCUCACAGCGUCCCCCCACAGCAUGGACAGCAUGCUGCCCUCUGGAGAAGGUGGCCCAAAGAGGACCCACCCCACUGUUCCAGGGAUUCCAGGGGGAACCAGGGCUGGGGCAGGCAAAAUAGGUCGAAUGAUUGCUGAAGAAAUCAUGGAGAUCCACAGAAUAAGAGGGUCCUCACCUUCCAGUUGUGGCUCCAGCCCAUUAAACAUCACAAGUACACCUCCCCCUGAUGCCUCUUCUCCAGGAGGCAAGAAGAUUUUAAAUGGAGGGACUCCAGACAUUCCUUCCAGUGGCCUACUGCCCGGGCAGGCUCAGGAAAACCCGGGUUAUCCAUAUUCUGAUAGCUCCUCUAUUCUUGGCGAGAAUCCUCACAUAGGCAUAGACAUGAUAGAAAACGACCAAGGCUCAAGUAGCCCCAGUAAUGACGAAGCAGCGAUGGCUGUCAUAAUGAGUCUCUUGGAAGCAGAUGCUGGGCUGGGUGGUCCUGUCGACUUCAGCGACUUGCCAUGGCCGCUGUAAACACUACAUGUUGCUUUGGCAACAGCUACAGUAUCAAAGUGCAUUACUGGUGGAGUUUUACAGUCUGUGAAGCUUACUGGAUAAAGAGAGAACAGCUUUUAUGUACUGUCUUCAUAAGAGCCAUCUCAGAGCCAUUGAUACAAGUCAAUCUUACUAUGUGUAACUUCAGACAAAGUGGAACUAAGCCUGCUCCAGUGUGUCUUCAUCAUCGAUUAUUGGGCUAGCUGUGGAUAGCUUGCAUUAAUUGUAUAUUUUGAAUUCUGUUUGUGUUGAAUUUUUUAAUCAUUGUGCACAGAAGCAUCAUUGGUAGCUUUUAUAUGCAAAUGGUCAUUUCAGAUGUAUGGUGUUUUUACACUACAAAGAAGUCCCCCAUGUGGAUAUUUCUUAUACUAAUUGUAUCAUAAAGCCGUUUAUUCUUCCUUGUAAGAAUCCUUUACUAUAAAUAUGGGUUAAAGUAUAAUGUAUUAGACAGUUAAAUAUUUUUAAUAAAUGUUUCCCUUGUUCUAUAAAUACUGUUCACAUUUCAAAUAGAAAAAAAAAAUCCCUGUGCUGCAGGGCUGGACCAGUUUUCUACCAUGGCUAUUUCAGGACAAUCCAUGCCAGUAACAUUUACAGUGCCUUUCUGGCCUUCGAUAACCGUUCCAGGACUUAACAUAAUUUCCCUGUUAGCUUAGCUGUACUGUUAAAAUAGUUAUCCAAAUUAUUGCAAUUUUAUGUGAAUACAGUGAUGUUACUGCGUAACCACAAAUUUCAAAUCCUAUGAAAUUACAAAUUCAAGAUUAGUUCUAACAAAUGGGCUUCUUUCCUACAACUCCUCUCUGCUCACGGUUGUGUGGCUUCACACAUUAAGUGACCCUGGACCCAAAGCACCUAAGUACUUCCAUCCACUUCCUUCUUGAGUUGGGCCACAGAGUAUUUUUUUUUUAAAAGCAUUUGCACUAAUAGUUUGCUUAGAAAAGCAGCACAGUAUAAUGGACAAAACACCGAACCAGUGUCAGAAAUUGGUUCUGACACUUAAGGUUAUCCUAUAACCCAGUAAAGUUAUUUCACCCUUCUUCUUAGGUUUGACUAGAAAAUGUUCUUUUUUCAAACACUGCUGUGGAUUUGCAGGGAAUCUA